GGCUCUAACCUCAAUGAAAACAUAUCCGCUCCCCGCUGAAGCUAACAGCUCCACGGGCACAAUAUCAACCUGACAGCUCGAUUAGCGCCGCAUCCACGCGUGAAACGUGCAUGAAUUGGGAUGUCUGCGGCCGACUGGUAUGCUCAUAAGUCGCUCGGAGACGGACUCUACUGGAUCCAGGAACGGUUCUACCAGUCGCAGAAUCGGGCCAACAUAUGGCUAUUGCGCGGCUCCCACCAGGACGUGGUGAUCGAUACGGGACUCGGCUUGAGGAGCCUUCCGGAUUACAUCGAUGCCAUGGGGCUGCUUGGCAAGGACCCCCAGCGGAAGAACCCGCUGCUGGCCAUCGCCACCCACGCCCACUUUGACCACUCGGGCGGCCUGCAUCAGUUCCAACAGGUGGGCGUCCACAGCGCUGAGGUGGAGGCUCUGGCCAACGGGGACAACUACGAGACGGUCACCUGGCUCAGUGACAGGGAGAUAGCCGAGGCUCCGAGUCCCGGCUGGAGGGCCAGUCACUAUAAAGUCAAGGCUGUGCAGCCCACGCACAUCUUGCAAGAAGGUGACGUCAUUAACCUUGGCGACAGGCAGUUGACGGUGCUUCACAUGCCGGGCCACUCGCGGGGCAGCAUCUGCCUCCACGACGGCGACAACAAGCUGCUGUUCAGCGGCGACGUGGUGUAUGACGGCGCCAUGAUCGACUGGCUGCCGUACAGCCACGUCAGCGAUUACAUCGGCAGCUGCGAGCGCCUGGUGGGCCUGGUGGACAGCGAACAGGUGGAUCAAGUCCUUCCGGGGCACUACAACACCUUUGGCGCAAAACGGCUCCACCGCAUCGCCAGCUCGUACAUCAGCAGAGCGGAAACGUGCCCGGCCAAGUUGUCCACUUGGGCGUGGAGGAUGCUAGCUGGCGUGGCGCUCAGGGCGGCCCACCCACUCGGCGGCUGCUGAUUGGACGCCCGGAGAGCACGCACACAUGCACAGAACAAGUCUUAAAAAAAUAAUUCCGAUAUAAUCGUUGCCAAACUUUCUGUUACACGGCAUGUUGUCACUGGAUUACAUGAGAAUGAAGCCGGAUGUGAUUCGAUGAUAUUCUAAUGAUGUGUUGCUUGGGGUUAACAUACAUUAACUUGAUGUAUUUUUUUUUUUAACUUGUCUAAUAUAUGUAUUGCACAUGUGAAAUUACAAUAGCACAAGCACCGAGUUAUCGAAGGAGAUUCAAAAUGGCCGUAGUAUUUGUCUAUGCAUACAAUCAGCAUCUGCUACCUCCCAUGUUUGCAACAGUGCUUUGUACGAACGGCGGUUUUUAAGGCUCGGCACGUUCAGAGCUGACAAUAAAGCCUCUGUCCUACCUUC